AUGGAAAUAAUACAGGAGAUAAAGAAGUCAACCGACCAUGAUCAGUCACUAAUCCAUCUUGAAGCAUAUGUUAUGUUUUUUGAAAUUAAUUCCAAUCAGGUUAAUUUAGAAGACGUUGGAGUACAUCAGCAACAUGAUAAUAAUGUCAUUGUUCAAAAAUCUCAUUUCAACAGACUAUAUUAUAAUGCAAAGUUGUUCUGCGAAAAAGAAAUCACAAGAGUAUCAAAAGGAGGAAAAAAUGUCAUGAACAUUCCAGCUGAGAUAGUUCGGAAGAAUUUUCGUGCGGAUCAGACUGCUCUAUCUUUGAUAGACCUUGAUAAAAUGGAAUAUUAUGAUUGCCAGAUUCUUAAAGGAAAAAAGCCACAUACUGAGAUGUAUCUUAAAAAUGGUUGCUGGAGAGAAAGCGCCGAAAGAUGGUUGGUGGAAUUAAUGUAUAAGCAUCCAAAACCCGACCCAGAACUUGUUCAGUUCACAGGGGGUUCAGCCAGCAUUGUACAAUCUCAUACCCUUGGUCUUCAAGAGCAAAAUAGAGACAACAAUGCUGAAGAAAAUCUCACAGAAGAUGAAGAAGAUUAUGAUGUCGAGGAUGAUGAUGUUGAAGAAAUUGACAUGAUGCAUGUGGAUCAUGAUCCCAUGGAUAAUGAAGUGAGUGCAAGGAAAGGUGCAGAGUUUAGAGAAAGACUAAUGAAUGAAGUGAAUAGGCCUUACUGUGAGGAAGAGUGCAACAGACUUGAUCUUGCAAAGCAAAUAGAUGCAGCUGGUGAUAAUCUUCCCAAACGUGGCUUUUUCUUUUGGUUGACAGAUGAACAAGUGUCACAUAUAGCCUGUAAGAACAUGAAGCUCAAAUUAUGA